AUGGCUCUGUUGGGAGUGAGGACGAACCUGGCAGGAGCUGAUUCCUUUGCGCCGCGCCUGCUGAACAUCUCUUGGAUGGACAAGUCUGCGACAUGCCGAGGGGCCUGCACUAGGUCGUCCUGUGGGUCAGGCUCAAGGUGUGAGGAUCUUUCAUGCGCUGCUCAGCCGAUGCUCUCGGCGCUGGUGACGGACAACAGCUGGAGCGGUCAAGAAGCUUCGGGGGUCAAGUACGUCGGCGUCAGGAUCGCGAGUCCCAUGGCGAUCAGAGACGGGGCGCAAUCGAACUUUUACUCCAACGACAUGGUGGACCUGAAUUACUUCAAGAUAGCCUCUCUCUCGUUCCCCGGCUGGCUGAUCGUGGGCAGAUCAUCGUUUGGAGACACAGUUCAGUUCCCCGCUAACUUCGACGGGUACUCGGAGCCGGGGACUUGGUCCCUUGACAGUGUGCUUCUUCAAGACAACGCCGGCAACACCGCGCUGCUGUCGAGAGAGGCACUGCAGGCGCUCGGAGUCCAGAUGUCCAUCCAGGUGAAGACGCUGGAGAUAUCGAGAUGUGAAGGGACCUGUUCGCAGAGUCCCAACUCGUGCAGACUUUUCCGCAACUCUCCUUCUUGUGGUGACCUCAUUGACAGGCAGUACUGCGCUGUUGAGGGCCAGCAGACGGUGCGGACAACAGCUCCUCCACCACCUCCUGCGAGCAUUGUUCCAGCUCCUGCAAUGCCUCUGACCACGCCCAACCCAGCAGGAGGUGUUGGCGAGUACAACACAACGAAUGCGGGAACAGAGCCAGGAACCACUCCGCUCAGCCAUCCUGCCGGCAGCCCCGGUACCGCAGCACCGUCGGAGCCCCAGAACACGACUGGCGGGUUUUCCAGCUCCUCGCUUUGGAUAUGGCUGACAUCCCUAAUCAUGAUUGUCGUCAUGGUCUCAGUUCUGUUCGGCUACCUCUACGCGCGAGGUUACGUGCGCUCGACAGAACGACUCGAUGCUGGGAGGACCAGCAGGAUUCUUGAAAUCUUCAGAUCUCACGGAGCGACCGAGAGCGGAGUUAGCCCCAGCACCUUCUUGAGGGAGCAUGAGAGAAUGAGCGAGGAUGACGUCAUGGCCUUCGCCUCGCAGACUGACCACCGCAGCCGGAACCAACAGGAUCCGUUUGACAUAGAGAACCUGGACUGGGUCACACUGCAGAGCAUCCUACACAUGUCGAGCUUGCAACAGGUCGAGCUGCCCCACGUCCCGCCUCCUCUUCCUCAGGAGCCUCCUGCCUCCUUAUCAAGGGGCUGGAGAUCAUCAGGACGCAGCCUGCAAGCUCGGCACCAGGGAGAGCAGCAUGAGGAUGAGGCAUCGCGCACGUGGGCCCCAGGAGACUCCGUCCCCUCGCUGCUCUCCGGCCGUCCAAUGACCAUGGGCGGACGGGCUCGCAUGUCGGCGCCAGUGAUACAGCGAUCGAGCUCGAGCGGGAUGAUGUCGCCUUCGGAGGCGCGGAGGCAUGCGAGGAGGAUGAGGAGGUUGAGUUCACUCAACGAGCUCUACUCGUCCUCCAAGGAUGCCGACGCCUGCCCUCCUCUCUCCGGUCUACUCCCAGGGUCUGUCUCCAUCGCUGAUUCCGAGUGCUGCAUCUGUAUGGAUGCUCCAGUCCAGAUCCGUCUCUUCCCUUGUGGACACGCUUGUCUCUGCAAGAAGUGCGGGAAGCAGAUUCUCGAGAUGUCACAGAAUUGUCCUCUCUGCAGGUCUCGGGUGGACGGGUUACUUCCCAUUGUUUGA